GGGAAAAAUCAAGGUACACUAAUGUGAUCCCCUGUACCCUCAGGCGGAGAAAAAUCAAGGUUCCUUAAUUUGAUCUCCGACGUACUGCUGUCCGAGUAGGACUGCUUCUCGCUCUCUCCCUCCUCUCAUUCUACACGUCGCUUCCUCUCCCGACCGAAGACACGAAGAGGGAGAUGGAGGCCAUCACCCACGCUUCCUCCGCCUGCUGCUGUUGCGGAGUCUCCGCAGCGGCAGCUGUUCCCAAGGCGUUUCUUACCGCAAGCAUCGUCUUUCAACCGUCUAUUCUCUUCAAGCGGACCUUUACUUGUUCGUCCUCUCGUCUCCUUCAGGCCUCCCUUUGUCCCGUUUCCUCCUCUCCGAUUCCCUUCCUCAUUCGUAAUAGCAGCACCACCCCGGGCUCACCUCUUCCUCGCCCUCGGCUACAAUCAUCUCCACGGCCAUCAUCGAAUCUUUUGCGCAGCAGUGGUGGGAGAAGCGGAAGUAGCAACAUCAGGAAAAAGAAAAUAAGUCGGCCCCAACGGCAAAAGCCGGUCGUCGUAGUGAAACGGACGAGUGAAGAGUGCGUACCUUCCUUGGAGGAGGCUUCCAUCAGCGUCCGGACCCUCUACCAGAACGGGGAUCCACUAGGGCGCCGGGAAUUGGGCAAGUGCGUUGUUCGCUGGAUCAGCCAGGGCAUGCGCUCCAUGGCCUCCGACUUCGCCUCCGCAGAGGUCCAGGGCGAGUUUUCGGAGUUCAGGCACCGCAUGGGGUUGCCCACGAUCGGUGGCACGCCGGCCGACGGUGGUGCUGGAGGGGCAGCCAUUGGUGGUCUUGCCUUCGUUAUCCAGGCCCAACCCUACCUCUAUGCCGUACCAAUGCCGAAAGGCCUUGAGGCCCUCUGUUUCAAGGCCUGCACCCACUACCCAACCCUUUUUGACCAUUUUCAGCGCGAGCUCCGAGAUGUAUUGCAGGAUCUCCAGUGUCAGGCUAUCUUCAGCGAUUGGCGUGCUACGGAGUCCUGGAAGCUCCUCAAGGACAUUGCGAAUUCAGCACAGCAUCGAGCAGCAGUUCGGAAGACACCCCAGUCCAGGCCUAUCCAUAGUGGUAUGGGGAUGGAGUUGGAGAAGGCUAAAGCAAUGCAAGCUAAAAUUGAAGAUUUUGUCAAGCAUAUGUCUGAACUUCUUCGCAUAGAGCGUGAUUCAGAAUUGGAGUUUACCCAAGAGGAACUGAAUGCUGUACCCAUGCCAAAUGGUAAACAAGAUACACCAAAGCCAACUGAGUAUCUAGUUAGUCACGGGCAGGCCCAGCAAGAGCAAUGUGACACCCUAUGCAAUUUGAACGCGAUUAGUUCUUCUAUUGGAUUAGGAGGCAUGCAUUUGGUCCUUUUUAAAGUUGAAGGAAACCAUAGGCUGCCACCAACGACUCUCUCUCCAGGGGACACUGUUUGUGUGAGAACAUGUAAUAGUAGGGGUGAAGGGGCAACUUCUUGCAUGCAAGGGUUUGUGAACAAUUUAGGUGAAGAUGGAUGUAGCAUCAUUGUUGCUCUAGAAUCUCGCCAUGGUGAUCCCACCUUUUCUAAGCUAUUCGGGAAGAAUGUACGCAUUGACCGAAUACAAGGAUUAGCUGAUGCACUAACAUACGAGCGCAAUUGUGAAGCACUAAUGCUGCUACAGAAGAAUGGUUUGCAGAAGAAGAAUCCCUCGAUUCUCAUAGUUGCUACUCUUUUUGGAGACAAGGAAGAUAUCAUGUGGCUACAGCAGAAUAAUAUAGUUGAAUGGGGUCAAGCAAAUCUCGAUGGAUUAAUAGAAAAAGGAAAGUUUGAUGAAUCUCAGCGAAAAGCUAUUGCAUUGGGGUUGAACAAAAAACGACCCAUUUUAGUUGUCCAAGGGCCUCCUGGUACUGGCAAGACAGGGUUGCUUAAGGAACUCAUUACCCUUGCAGUUCAACAAGGUGAACGUGUACUUGUGACGGCUCCUACUAAUGCAGCUGUGGACAACAUGGUUGAAAAACUCUCUGAUGUUGGACUGAACAUAGUUCGUGUUGGAAAUCCAGCUCGCAUUUCUACAAUUGUGGCUUCAAAAUCUUUAGGGCAUAUUGUUGAUGAUAAGCUUGCAGUAUUUAAAAAAGAGUUUGAGAGAAAGAAAUCGGACUUAAGGAAGGACCUUAGGCUUUGUCUAAAUGAUGAUUCUCUUGCAGCAGGUAUACGCCAACUCCUCAAACAACUCGGAAAGACUUUAAAGAAGAAAGAGAAGGAUACGAUUAAAGAAGUACUCUCAAGUGCUGAAGUUGUACUUGCCACUAAUACUGGAGCAGCUGACCCCCUUAUCCGAAGAUUGGGAGCCUUUGAUCUGGUGAUUAUAGAUGAGGCAGGGCAAGCAAUUGAACCAUCUUGUUGGAUCCCAAUCUUGCAAGGAAAGCGUUGCAUAUUGGCAGGCGAUCAGUGUCAGCUUGCACCAGUAAUUUUAUCUAGAAAGGCCAUGGAAGGUGGACUUGGUAUAUCUCUCAUGGAAAGUGCAUCAAACAUGCAUGAAGGUAUGCUGACGACAAAGUUGACACUUCAAUAUCGAAUGCAUGAUGCCAUAGCCAGUUGGGCUUCAAAGGAGAUGUAUGACGGGUUGCUGCAAUCUUCCCCAUUGGUCUCCUCUCAUCUACUUGUUGAUUCUCCCUUUGUUAAGGCCACAUGGAUAACUCAGUGUCCACUUCUUUUACUUGAUACACGAAUGCCAUACGGAAGUUUAUAUAUUGGAUGUGAGGAGCAUUUGGAUCCUGCUGGCACAGGUUCCUUUUACAAUGAAGGGGAGGCAGACAUUGUUAUCCAGCACAUUUUCAAUCUUAUAUAUUCUGGAGUUUUGCCAUCCACAAUUGCUGUUCAAUCGCCUUAUGUUGCUCAGGUCCAGCUCCUGAGGGAUAGACUCGAUAACUAUCCAGAAGCUUCUGGUGUUGAGAUUGCAACUAUAGACAGUUUCCAAGGACGAGAGGCUGAUGCCGUUAUUAUUUCAAUGGUCCGAUCUAACACAUUAGGUGCAGUUGGAUUCCUAGGAGACAGCAGGCGAAUGAAUGUGGCAAUAACAAGAGCACGCAAACACGUCGCGGUUGUGUGUGAUAGCUCGACCAUAUGCCAUAAUACAUUCUUGGCUAGGCUCCUACGCCAUAUUCGACGUUUCGGCAGGGUGAGACAUGCUGAACCUGGGUCUUUUGAGGGACCCGGAUUGAGCAUAGAUCCUCUAUUGCCUUCCAUAAAUUGAUUAAUGCAUCAUCUUCUAUACACCCCUUUUUCUUUGUUUUUUUGCCUUUUCUCCGGUGAACGUAAAGGAAAGGAUUGCCGGGGGAGAAAUUAUUGAGAAUAUGUUUAUAAAUUAUUCUGAAGUUUGUUAAUUAAUUGUUGCAAGUAAAAGAACGUUGCUACCUACAACUCGUGAGCAUAUUCUUUUCAAAGGUCAUUUCCUGUAUGUAACUCAUUCAACUUAGUGAUUUAAUAAUGUUGACAAGUGUGAAA